UUUCAUCGGAGGCCAUGGAGCUUUCAGCCAAUGAGCUCAGCAUUUAUGAUAAGCUGUCCGAGACGAUUGAUCUGGUGAGGCAGACUGGCCACCAGUGUGGGAUGUCAGAAAAAGCCAUCGAGAAAUUCAUCAAGCAGCUCUUGGAAAGAAAUGAACCCCAAAGGGGACCUCCACGUUACCCCAUCUUAGUGGCUCUCUACAAGGGCCUGCUCACACUGGGACUUGUCUUGCUGACUGUUUACUUCGUGAUCCAGCCAUACAGCCCGCUGCCGCCUGAAGCUCCGCUCUCCAGAGCCCAUGCCUGGGGCUCCCUCAUCGGUCACAUCCGCCUGCUCUCUCUGCCUAUUGCCAAGAAGUAUAUGCUUGAGAAAUGCCAGGACUGGUGGGCAGCAGGUUGCAGACAGAACACUUCUACGCUUCCAGCAAACUGCACAGUCUGUUCUGCUGUGAAAAGCCUUCAGAUAGUGACAGACUUCGGAGAACUAUCAGAAAAACUCCAGAGUUCUCAGCCUUUUCUAAUCAAGACAGGGCAGCAGCUCUCCUAUGAAGAACUGAAGCAUUUUCAGUCCCAGGAUCCAGAACUGGCAGAGGUUUUAAUAGAAGAAAAUUCAGCUGAAUUUUGGAGCUGUCCAUUUUUCUUUCCCUGGAACAAAUCUGUGAAUAAAACUCGGAUCCUGCAGGAAUUUUUCCCCACUUCCUCUUUCCUGUCCUUCCCCAAGACAGUGUCCCUGGAGAGCUGCUUCCUCAUCCGCCAUCCAGAUUUGGGGAAUAAGAGCUACAGUUUGCACAACCUCUUUGCUGUUGGGAGCGGACAGCUCACCCUGAUGGUGGUACCUCUGGACGAGUGCAGAGGUCACUGUGAGAUGUUCAAGGUGGAGCUGGAAGCUGGAGAUUUGGGUUAUGCCAGCGCAGAUUACUGGACGAUGAGCUUCAUGGCCAAAGGGACAGAGCCGGCGGUCGUUUGUGACGGACCUGCUAGCUAAGGACGGUGGGGUGGGACAUCAGAGCUGUUUCCAGGACAAGAAGACUUUCAGCUUUGAAGCCAAGGCAACGUCUUAAAAGCAAUCGAGCUGGGGUAACUGGGGCAGGCAGCUUUGCCACCCUGCAUGUUUACAGUGUUUAAAAAUGACUGUUUUCCUGACCUUUGAGGUAAUCCUUUGCCUUUCCUCAAAUGUAUUUUGGGAGAAGCUCA